AUGUAUACCGCGUCGUUUGCUUUCUUCGAGGCGCUAUGGGACGCCGGCGUCACCCACUGCUUCGUGAACCUGGGGUCGGACCACCCCAGCAUCAUCGAGGCCAUGGUUAAGGGUCAGAGGGAGAGGAAGGGAAACUUUCCCAGAAUCAUCACGUGCCCCAAUGAAAUGGUGGCCAUGUCCAUGGCUGACGGCUAUGCUCGUCUGACCGGGAAGCCGCAAUGUGUCAUCGUUCACGUCGAUGUUGGCACGCAAGGCCUGGGCGCCGCAGUACAUAACUCGUCAUGCGGCCGCGCACCGGUUCUCGUAUUCGCCGGUCUCUCCCCUUUCACGCUUGAAGGUGAACUGCGAGGUAGCCGCACCGAGUAUAUCCACUGGAUUCAGGACGUCCCAGACCAAAAGCAGAUUGUGGCUCAAUACACCCGUUACUCGGGCGAACUCAAGACAGGGACCAACGUAAAGCAGAUGGUCAACCGCGCCCUUCAGUUUUCGAGGUCGGAUCCUCAAGGGCCCGUCUACCUUUGCGGUGCUAGAGAGGUGAUGGAGGCCGAGAUUGAGCCAUACAGCAUCAACCAGGAUGAAUGGGACCCCGUUGAACUCGGUGGUCUGCCCAAGAACGCCGUGAAUAAGAUUUCCGAGGCUUUGGCCGGUGCCAAGGAGCCUCUCAUCAUCACUGGAUACGGUGGUAGGAACCACGACUUCCCCGGAGCGCUGGUCGAGCUUGCCAACACGGUCAAGGGUCUGCGAGUUGUCGACACGGGCGGUAGCGACAUGUGCUUCCCGGCCGACCACCCGGCCUGGUUAGGCCUACGGUUCGGCAUCGACGACGCCGUCAAGACUGCUGAUGUCAUUGUGGUGCUGGACUGUGAUGUGCCGUGGAUCAACACUCUCUGCCAUCCGUCAAAGGAGGCGAAGGUGUUCCACAUUGAUGUCGACCCUUUGAAGCAGCAGAUGCCCGUUUUCUACAUCAAGGCGCAAUCAAGAUACCGUGCCAACAGUCUCUUGUCAGUCGAGCAGAUUACCGCCCAUCUCAAGUCGGAGCACUCUGCGCAGCUGCAAUCCGACGAGGCCAAGCAGCAAGAAGCCAAGCGCAGUGAGUCUUAUAAGGCUCUCCUGAGCAAGAUCGAAGAGAAGACGAAGCCUCAAUGGAAUGGCGAAUUCGGCACGGGUCACCUCUCCCGGACUUUGAGAAAGCUCUGUCCCCAGGACACGAUCUGGGCAAUUGAGGCCGUAACGAAUACCGUCUUUGUCGCCGAUAACCUGCAGGCGACUCUGCCUGGAUCGUGGAUCAACUGUGGUGGUGGUGGCCUUGGCUGGUCUGGCGGUGGUGCGCUGGGCAUCAAGCUGGCAACCGACUAUGAGCACGGCGGUACGAAUAAGGGCAAGUUUGUCGUACAGAUCGUGGGCGAUGGCACAUUCCUCUUCUCGGUGCCGGGUAGCGUUCACUGGAUCGCAAAGCGGUACGAUAUCCCGGUGCUGACCAUCAUUUUGAAUAACAAGGGUUGGAACGCGCCUCGUCGCUCGUUGCUCCUCGUGCACCCCGACGGUGAGGGGUCCAAGGCGUCCAACGAGGAAAUCAACAUCUCGUUCGACCCGUCACCAGACUAUGCGGGUAUCGCGAAGGCGGCGGCAGGCGGCGACCUGUUUGCUGCGCGGGUGGACAACGCGGCGGAUCUUGAGGGAAUGCUCAAGAAGGCGAUUGAGACCGUGCAGGGAGGCCAGACAGCAGUGCUGGAUAUCAAGGUGGCCAUGGGAUGCUGA